CUAAUCGCAUUUUGCAAUAGCCCUAAUCCAUCAUCCGUUCUCUCGCCUUCUCAUCACCGGUCGCGCCUUCCAUCACAACUCUCUCAUCACCGGUCGCACCUUCCAUCACAGCUCUCUCAUCAUGCCUUCCAUCCCAGCUCUCUCAGUCGUUCUCUCGCCUUCCAUCACAGCUCUCUCAUCACGGUCUCGCCCUUCCAUCACCGGUCAACGAUUCGAACUUCUUAAAGUGAAAGCUUGAACCAUCACUCUCUCUGUCUUCCUAUUCCCAACCCAACCAUUCCUAUUCCAGACAUCAUCUAAGUAGAUUUUGAAGCAAUUCGGCUUCGAGUGCGUAGGGGAAGAAGUGUCGUCAUCAAGCCGAGAAUACGGAAGCAGCCAAAGCAGUAAACAAGAUCAGGAGGAAAUAAUCGAUCGUAGCUUGGAUUGUUGGAACAAGUUUUGUCGUUGAUUAGUCUGAUUUCGUUUUUCAGGUCCGAGGUGCUCUUGAAACUCUUGUUAGUGCUUUGACUCCAAUUAAUCAUCUAAAAGGGCCAAAGAAUGAGGUUCAACCAGCUUUAAUGAACACUGAUUUGCUUUCUAGGGAAGCAGAAAGCAUUUCUCUUCUUCUAAGUCUGUUGUCGGAGGAGGAUUUCAAUGUACGGUAUUAUACACUUCAACUUUUGACGGCCCUUCUUACAAAUUCUCCAAAUAGGUUACAGGAAGCCAUCCUGACCAUUCCUCGUGGUAUCACUCGGCUUAUGGAUAUGCUUAUGGAUCGUGAGGUUAUACGAAACGAAGCCUUGUUACUCCUAACUUACUUGACACGUGAAGCUGAGGAAAUUCAAAAAAUCGUGGUCUUUGAAGGUACUUUUGACAAGAUUUUAGGUAUUGUAAAUGAGGAAGGGGGUUCAGAAGGUGGCGUCGUUGUGCAGGACUGUCUCGAAUUGUUGAACAAUCUCCUAUGUAACAAUGCAUCCAAUCAGGUACUUUUGAGGGAGACGUUAGGCUUUGAUUCCAUAUUGCGCACAAUUUUUAGCAUUCCUUUAAUUUCUAGCAUUUUGUCUGUAAAUGAAGUGGGUGUGAAUAUUUUGAAGCUUUAGAUUGUAUGAAAGUUCAAAGGUAUGUACAACUAUAUUUUCACAUUGUGUAAUGCACUGCUGUUUCAGAACACUUUGGCUUUCAUCAUUACCAAUUUAUUAUCUAAUUACUUUUCUGUUCAGCUGUUUCUGGAUUCUUGUUCUAUUAUUCAUUUCAUUAGAUCUGUCCGGAUGUUUCAUAGUAAUACUCAUGGUAGUUCAAACUUUUUUUUUUUUUUUUUUGGCAGGAAAACAUAAAAGAACUUCAAAAAAGUUACUCUGACUCGCCUAUUGGUAGUUCCAAUGAUUUGUUCUCCAUUGUGAGGGGAGAAGAGAGAACUGGUUGUGUGCGGAUACUUGGCUUCGGGCCUACACCAAGCGAUGUUUGGGGGCCCUCUCCUAGUAAAGUUGAACUAAUUAAUAAUGCGAAAAAAUCUGAUGAGAGGCACGUGCUGCACGCGUAGAGUUGCAGGAGAGCAUUUCAAAAAUGCAAGCCGAGUAUGACAACAAGUUGGAAAAUUUACGAGCCAACUAUGAUAACAUGUUAGAAAAUUUACAACAACAGGUGGUUAUGCUAAUGCAGAUGCAACAACAGUGGACAGGGUUUUGAUUCUUUAAAUGCUCCUCCUAGAGUAUCCCCAAAUUCAUUUUAUAGUCGUGAUGUCAAUUCAGUUAAGGUUAUGAACUUUUAAUUUCUCUUAUAUAUAUGUUAAAUUUUCAUUUAUUAUAAUGUGUGCGUAAUGAAUUUAUAAAAAAAUGUAGGGUAAUUCAAAUCUAAUGGGCAACAAGACUUGUUGAAGUUGAAGAUGGGGUCAUGGCUGUGCUUUCUGAAUUUCCUUCACCUUGGAUGGGUUCUUUUUGAAAAACUUGUACUACAUUUGUUAAAAAUUCUUAAUUCUUUUUGUCUGACAUUUAGUAGCUUUAUUUAGACAAUUUGGAUGGUAUAUUGGCAGGUUAACUUGUGGUUGUAUUAGUAUACAUUUUUGCUUUUUGGUUGACAUUUAUCAGCUUAACUUGUGGUUGUAUUAGUAGCCAAUUUUGAUGGUAAUUUUCAUAUUGGCAUGGUUAACUUUGUGGUUGUAUUAUGUAAAAACAAUUUGGAUGGUAUUUUUAUAUUAACUUGUGUUAUGUUGGAUGACA